CCCAAACAGCCUGAUAUUUGAAUUGGCUGUUCCUAAACUUCCAUAUCUGAACAGGCUUGACCGGAGCUGGCUGAUUAUCAAAUAUGCCGAAGAGAACGACUCACACGUAUUCAAGCGAGGAUGCAUUACCAGAUGGCCCUGAUUCCGAUCUCUUCGUUUAUUACUGCAAACACUGUAGUGUUCAUGUCCUCAUUACCGAUACUCAAUUGCAGAAGAUGCCUAAACGAAAAACUGACAAGGCAUACGUUCUGGAUAAGAAGAAGCAUCUUACAAGGUUGAACAUAAAUGAGGCAGGCAAAAUUCUCCUAAAGCGGGGUGAAGGGAAAUUAGAAAAGCAGUUUCGCAUGAAUUGUAUGGGGUGUGGACUGUUCGUUUGCUACCGCUCUGAAGAAGACUUGGAAUCUGCCUCUUUCUUAUAUGUUGUUGAUGGUGCACUUAGUACAAUUGCUGCAGAAACUAACCCCCAGGAUGCUCCUGUACCACCAUGCAUUUCGCAGUUAGAAGGAGGACUUGUUCAAGUGGCUAUAGAAGUCGAAGACCGUGCCCAACGUUCAGCAGUUACAAGAGUUAAUGCUGAUGAUGUUAGAGUCACUGUGGCUGCACCUGCAGCUCGUGGUGAAGCUAACAAUGAACUUUUGGAGUUUAUGGGCAAGGUUUUAGGUUUGAGACUAAGUCAGAUGACCCUCCAAAGAGGGUGGAAUAGCAAGUCUAAACUACUCGUGGUGGAAGAUUUGACAACUAGACAGGUAUACGAGAAACUGCUUGAAGCCGUGCAGCCUUGAAGUAUCUCUCUGUACACUUUCAGGAAUAUUGAAUUGUCUUGCUUCUUCGUUUGUAAUUGGCACUGAUAAUUUCUUAACUUUCCUCCUUUUCGCCAGAAAUAUAAAUUUUUCAGGGGAAUCACUAGUAUGCUUCUUUUCCUUA